UGUUAUUCUAUUUAUAGCUUAGAAAAUAAUUCUGGCUCUCUUUUGGUUUUGGUUGGCUUUUGCAAUUGGAGUAUAGUUGCAAUUACUGGAAAAGGCUGCGGCCUUCGGACGAAGCAUUUGUAUUUUUUCCUUUUUGCCUUUUUUUAUAUAUUUUUGGAAAAAUGACUCGUGGAAACCAGCGAGAACUGGCUAGGGCAAAAAACCAGAAAAAACAACAGGAAUUAAGUAAAGGAAAAAAAUCGGACGGCCUUACUGUAGAACAAAGAAAACAAAGGGAUGCAGAUCUAAUGCGGGAAAAACAGAGAAAAAAAGAAGAGCUGAAACAGGCAACUACUUGCAAGUAAUAACGAGAUUGUUUGCCUUAUUUAAUGUAUUACCACAAGCAUUGUUCAAUUUCAUACAUUUUUGUGAUGUUAAUUUUUAUAAAUUACUUAAUGUCUUACAACAGCUUUUGUACCAACUUAAAAUGUUUGUUUUUCAUAACUUAAAUGUAUAUUUUUCUCUAGAAGUAGGUACCUAGUCUGUUUAACUAUGUCCAUUUUUAAUAAAUUUCUGUACUUCCA